AUGCCCUCCGCUUUGCAGAAGGGUCGAAAGUUGGCUCCCGAAAAGGAGCGUUUUAUUCAGUGCUGUGCUGAUAUUUCCUUGGAGCUUGUGGCCUCUCUCAAGACAAAUAAAGACGUUAAUCUCAAUGGCCUCAUCACCAGGUAUGCGAAGAAGCACAAGUUGAAACACCAGCCCAGGCUUACCGACAUCAUCUCAUCGAUUCCAGACCAGCAUAAGAAGUAUUUGAUACCCAAGCUCAAGGCCAAGCCCGUGAGAACAGCAUCUGGAAUCGCUGUUGUUGCGGUGAUGUGUAAACCACACAGAUGCCCACAUAUCGCCUACACUGGUAACAUUUGUGUCUACUGCCCUGGUGGACCGGACUCGGAUUUCGAAUAUUCGACACAAUCUUACACAGGCUAUGAACCAACCUCCAUGAGAGCGAUUCGUGCUCGUUACGACCCUUACGAACAAGCCAGAGGAAGAAUCGAACAACUCAGGCUGUUGGGUCACUCUAUUGACAAGGUGGAGUACAUCGUCAUGGGCGGAACUUUCAUGUCUUUGCCCCAAGAUUACAGAGAGGGUUUUAUUACCCAGUUGCAUAAUGCCCUUUCCGGCUACAAUGGUAAGAACAUCGACGAGGCCAUCCGCUUCUCUCAGCAGUCACAGACUAAGUGUGUCGGUAUCACAAUUGAAACCAGACCUGACUACUGUACUGAAACGCAUCUUAGUGAUAUGUUGAAGUACGGCUGCACGAGAUUAGAGGUGGGUGUUCAGUCGGUAUACGAAGAUGUGGCCAGAGACACUAACAGAGGUCACACAGUGAAGGCCGUAUGUGAAACAUUUUGCAUUGCUAAGGAUGCUGGAUACAAGGUCGUCAGUCAUAUGAUGCCAGAUUUGCCAAAUGUUGGCAUGGAGCGUGAUCUUGAUCAAUUUAUCGAGUACUUCGAGAACCCAGCAUUCAGAACCGACGGCCUCAAGAUCUAUCCAACAUUGGUUAUCAGAGGCACCGGUCUUUACGAGCUCUGGAAGAAGGGUCUCUAUAAAUCGUACAACGCCAAUGCGCUUAUUGAUUUAGUUGCCAGAAUCUUGGCUCUCGUGCCUCCUUGGACCCGUAUCUAUCGUGUUCAGCGUGAUAUCCCCAUGCCAUUGGUUUCCUCCGGUGUGGAAAAUGGUAAUCUUCGUGAAUUGGCCUUGGCCAGAAUGAAGGAUUUCGGCACAACGUGCAGAGACGUUCGUACAAGAGAAGUGGGUAUCCAAGAAGUGCAUCACAAGGUUCUGCCUGACCAGGUUGAGCUUUUGAGAAGAGAUUAUACUGCCAACGGCGGUUGGGAGACUUUCUUGUCCUACGAGGACCCCAAGCAGGAUAUCCUCAUCGGUUUGUUGCGUUUAAGGAAAGCCACCAAGAAAUACACCUACAGGGAGGAGUUCAAGAACCAGCCAACAUCGAUUGUGCGUGAGUUGCACGUUUACGGCUCUGUUGUCCCAUUGCAUUCUAAGGAUCCUAGAAAGUUCCAGCAUCAAGGUUUUGGUACCUUGUUGAUGGAGGAGGCCGAGCGCAUUGCUAGGGAGGAGCAUGGAUCAGAGAAGAUUAGUGUUAUUUCGGGUGUGGGUGUCAGGAACUACUACGCCAAGUUGGGAUACGAGGUGGACGGACCUUAUAUGUCCAAGAUGCUUGUAUAA